AUGUUAUUUAAGAUAUCCAACGAUAAAGUGGACAAAGAGUCGGAGCUGGCGGCCAGUCAUGCCGUGGGGGACAGUCAGCUUACUGUCAUACCUAACGUGGUGCCCACCACAAAGUCACCAAGCUCACAACUGACAAAAUCCAUGCUACCGGUCCACCCUAAUUGGACGCCAUAUUGGAUGGCUAUGGCGGUUGUGGUGGUAGUGCUGGUGUCGAUGACCCUGUCGUUCAUCUACUACUCGGUCGCAUAUUUUCAGACCGACUGUCCGAUCAAUGAGGGAUUGGUAGCCGAGGGCCGGUGUUAUCAUAAGCACCGAUGGGGACAAUGUCUAAAUCAAAGUCAUUGCUGCGAUGGGGAGUACGUGAUAGCCCGGGGUAUAUGCGGUGGACAGGGGCUGUGUUGUCUGGGAAAUGCCGAUAAAUGUAAAGGUAAACAACGCGUGAACAGCAAACGUGGGACAGACGUGUGGUCCUACCGUUCCCUCACCACCAUAUCCUCACUAAUCAUAUGCCGUAAUGUGUCGGAGCCGGUGGUGGAACAGGCGAUCGUAUACACGGUGUCGGCGCUCGAGGACAAGGAGUACUACCACGAAAUGUCCGAAAAGGUUAGCCGUGAACUGACCAAGGCCACUGGGCAACAGUGGUACGCCGUGGUGGGCUCCGGUAGCUCGUACGACAUGUACCUCAAGCCGUUCACCGCUUACAUAAUCGUUACGAUCAGAGACUUGGAGUUAGUUUUGUUCAGUACUAACGUGUCGAGUAUGUAUCCAUUAGGCAUGGACCCGGAUGACCUGGAUUAUUAUGGCCCAGGUGCGGCCGAUUACCCUGAUGUUGAUUUCAAUAGGGGAGAUGUGGUAAGGGAAAUGCAACAUGUGCUGGAUAGUGGUGUAACGGAAAGUAACGAGUGA